AUGCACAUAUUAAAACUACCGUGGCUAGGUCAUAAAACUGAGAAUAAAGACAUUGAAUGUUAUGCCGUAUCCGUCAACCAAGAUGGUACAAGGCUAGCUCUGGGUGGUCUUGACGGCACCAUCAAAAUAUGGGACACUGCCACUAUAGAUUCAUUCGUAAAGAUGGCAACCACAGACACAAAAAAGUCCAAGCAAGAUCCAACACUCCCUGAUAAAUCUCUUCGACGACCAUUGUGUUCCAUGUCGAGACACAACGGGGUAGUUACGUCAGUCAAAUUCCUGCCUGAUGGACACUACUUGGCCCUGGGAUCCGAUGAUAAGAUCUGUCUUAUAUGGGAGCGUGAUGAAACACCCAGGAAACAGUUUGGAGUAGAGGAGCCCGAUUUGGAGCAUUGGACUGUGCGGAAAAGACUCGUGGCACACGAUAAUGAUAUCCAAGAUAUUUGCUGGUCUCCUGACGGGACAUUGCUCGUUACUGUCGGGUUAGAUCGACUGAUUAUCAUCUGGAACGGGAUCACGUUUGAACGUGUGAAGCGAUAUGACGUACAUCAGAGUAUGGUGAAGGGGAUCGUGUUUGAUCCAGCUAACAAGUUCUUUGCUACGGCGAGUGACGAUAGAACCGUGAGAAUAUUCAGAUAUUACAAGAAGUUGAACGAGUAUAACAAUUACGAAUUCCAGAUGGAGCAUAUCGUCACUGAUCCAUUCCGGAAAUCUCCCUUGACUUCCUAUUUUCGAAGAAUGAGUUGGUCUCCCGAUGGACAACACAUCGCCGUGCCUAAUGCCACGAAUGGCCCUGUUCCCAGUAUAGCCAUUAUUAAUAGAGGUAAUUGGGGUACAGAUGUGUCUCUUAUUGGACACGAGGCACCAGUGGAAGUGUGCUCUUUUUCCCCACGAUUGUUUCAAAUAGACAAGAAGGAAGAUUCAUUUCAGACUAUACUAGCUACAGGAGGGCAAGAUAGAACAUUAGCCGUAUGGAGCACUUGCAAUUCCCGCCCAUUAUUAGUAGCUCAAGAUAUAGUCGAUAGUAGUAUUACUGAUAUUUGUUGGGCGCCUCUGGGAGAAACGCUUUACUUUGGAUGUUUAGAUGGUCUGAUUACUGUGGUUGAAUUUGAAAAGGGUGAGUUGGGGGAUGUUGUCAGUGAUGAUGUAAUUGGUGCGCAAUUGACGAGAUAUGGUGCUGAUCGAGAAAGUAUGAUAUUUCCCGAGAGUGUUGAACAGUUGGUGCUAGAAGAAAAGACCAUUCCUGGACCAAAGAAGAAGGAUCCUACCCCAAUACAGAUAGCUUCGCCUGUUGUUAGCACUCCAGUUGUUGCCAAAGUGGCUACUCCAAUAGCACCUUCGAAAUCGGAUGACCAUGUGAAACUCCGUAAACAAACUGUAACAAUAACCAAAUCGGGAAAGAAAAGAGUUGCACCGUUGUUAGUGUCCGCCUCGUCUGCUCCCCCCACCAAUAUCCAACAACAAUGGCAACCACCGUCCAAACAACAAAAACAUAAGAUCCUGAAAGUAUCCCAAUCCAAUUACCUCUUGCCCAGACUAGGUCUUCAAACAUCAGUCUAUGGAACCAAACAACGAACCACGACGGCCCACGCCCCACAACAAGAAGUGGAAGACGAUAAUGACAUCGAUGACAUUGGCGACAAUGCCGCUGCCAAUGGAACUAGUGGAACCACCACAGUCUCAGAUGCAGCCCUUAAACGACAAAAGAAUAGGUAUAAGCGAAGAAUGAUGGAGAGACGAUACCCGCAUUCGUUCAAGUUUGUGUCUACCCUUCCCGAAAUGUUGUUCAACAAUCACAUGUUGGUCAAUGGCGAGAUCAAUCGGAUUUAUAAGCUGUACUCUAAGGAUUUGACUAGUGAUAUAUCCCUGGGCACUGCUGUUGAGAUUGAUGAGGAUUUGUUGUUUUCCGUGGUAUUUUCGCAUGUUGUUCACAUGCAACCAUCAAAUGACGUGCUUUCCCAGGAGGAAAAGGUGGUAAGUACAUCUGUUGAAGUGAGAAAUGGCAAGCCGUGGAAGUUGGAAGAUGAUGAGUUUGAAUAUAACGAUAAAGUGGACUUUGAUGAUCCUACUCGAGUGAUUGUAUACGACAAUACCGAUGCUACAAACCGGAAGUUUAACUUGUUCUUUCCGUAUAGAAUUCAACAUGUUUUACCAAUACUCGUUGGUGAUGAAUUAAAAUACUUUGUUGUUGCUUCUUGUCAAGGCACAAUCCAAAUCCUUAGUUCCACGGGCCGAUUUGUAUGUCCUAGUUUCGAAAUUGGGGAGACAAUCAUAUCAAUGAUGUACAGGAACACCUAUCUUGUUAUUCUCACCAGUCGAGGAUUAUUCUAUUCAUGGAAUCUCGAGCUGAUGAAGUUCCAACUCACACGUGUGUCAAUAGCACCGAUAUUAAACAUGGUUGAAAUAACGGGUGAAUCAGGGGAUUUGAGAAAACCGACCAGCUUUGUGCUUCCCGGAGUGAAAUGCAUUGAUGUAGAUCCUAGAAAUGGUACACCUCUAGUAGUUCUUGAACAAGGCUGGGAUGUGUUUGGAUACAAUUUGGACUUAAAGAGUUGGAUAAAGAUUAUAGACGGGUGGUACUUUUCUGCUAACGAAGAAGACAUUGAAAUAAAGGGUAAUGAAGACGAAUAUCACACUGUGCUUCUGCGAUUGGUUAACAAGUGUAAAUUGGCAUAUACCAAUGAGGUUCAAUUGCAGCGGGCCUACGCUUAUGAAUUGAACGAAUCAAGUGAACUCAUUCAAGUUAUGAAACAACGACAAUUGCAAACUAUAACUCUAGCGUUAGAAUAAUGUUUCAUUAUAUAUACAUAUACAUAUACUUAUAUAUAUCAGCAAUUAAAGAGACUUUUCUUCGACGAUUUUCUUUUCUGGUUUAGCUGGCUUGACCUUCUUACCAGCAAACGCAAACGAAAUCAAGAAAAGGACGUUGGAAAGAACCAGAUUGACGGCAUACAUCCAAAUAGUCAAUCCUACCGCACCAGCCGGAAGGAAAGGCAACAGCAAUACCCGUUCAAUGUACCAGGGGAAAAUUCCGGAACUAAAGUAGAAUAAAUGAGUCUUACGGCUAAAGAUUCUAAAGAACCACAAUGGAAGUGUGGUGGACAACAUGAUCAACCUUCCCGUCAACUUAUCUAUGCUGGCCCUACUUUGAGAGAUGUCCUCAGUCAAUGAGGCGAUAUCUGCAGUGAGUUUAUCGCACUUUCUAUUGAGCUUAGUCCAUUUUGCAUAUUCAUCUUGAGCACUUAUAGUACGUUUCUCCUUGUUGAGCUGGUGCAAUUGUUCUUUAGCCUGGGCAAGUUGUGUAAAUUGGGAUGAGAAGUUGAGUUUGGUACCAUAGUGGAUAUAUCCCAACCAUAAGAAUUCCUGGAUUGUUGAUUUUCCAAUUUGUUUGAUAAUCUGCUGGGUAAGUAGAAUGACAAACACUGAGACAACAACAGUGUAUGGAUCAAUGUCUAACGUAAGCAUUACUGUAAAGGAAAGUCAGUCACUGUUUUGAGGGUGAAACGGUGCUGUCCUGUUUUACAAACCAACCAACAACAAAAAAAAA